AUGAACAUCCAAGAGACUAUCCAGUCGCAAAGCCAAUCAGAUACCUUGAUUUUCCGAGUUCCAUGUAUUGCGCAUGUGAUUCAAUUAAGCUUGAAUGAGCUUCUUGGGAAGCUAAAGGUGACACCACCUAACAAAGAGAUUGAACUAGAGUGGUCUGAUGAGCGGACCCAUUCAUUUCAGACCAAAAGAUCUAGCUCAACUCGGCAAAUUGCAGAUACCUUAAAGAAGAUCCGAGGUCUUGCGGUCUUCAUCAAUGCAAGCCCACAACGCCGGGAGGCAUUUAUGGCUCUACAAACUAAGGAGCCUCGUUUAGUUCCUGUUCAAGAUGUCCAAACCCGAUGGAACUCGACCUUUAUCAUGCUGAAUCGGGCCAAAAGGCUACAACCAUUCUAUGAUCAGUAUUGUAUAGACCAUCAGUAUCUUCACUUCAAACUUGAUCAAGAAGAGUGGCGACAGAUUGAAUACCUUCUUCUUCUCACAAAGCCUUUCUUCGACUUCACAAAUAUGUUGUCUAAGACUAAGGAUGUUACUACACAUAACAUCUAUAGUAUUUACAACAAGCUUUUCUCUCAUCUUGAUGAAGCUGAGAGUAAGUUGAAGAAUAAAGGUGUUGUCUGGAAGAAGCACAUGCUCGAAGCUCUUCAGACUGCUAAACGGAAGCUCUCAAAGUACUACACUGCGACCGAUUAUGAAUCAUAUGGUGAUGUCUAUGCACUCGCGACAAUCCUUUGCCCAUCAAAAAAACUUCGAUAUUUUGCAUCAUCAGACUGGCAAGGUGAAAUUAACUAUGUUGAUCACUAUCAUGGAGUUCUUAAGCGAGAGUUUGAUCGAUAUAAAGAGACACUUCACCAUGAUUCAAACAAUACAGUCUUACAAGAUACCACUAAAGAGGCCCUGGAUGAUGAUUAUGGUGAUCUUGAUGCUGCUUGUGCUUCUCAGAGCCAGCCACAGCAUAGGCUCUCAAAGCCCGAAGAUGAUGAGAUUGCGAGGUAUCUUGCCCGCGGGAUCGAGGGUCAGAAGCCUAGAGCAUUCUGGAAAGACCAUGAGCAUGAGUUUCCUAUUCUUGCGAGGAUAGCACGGGAUAAUCUCUCAAUCCCAGCUAGUGGCGCAGGCGUUGAGCGAUUAUUUAAUUGCGCUCGCGAUAUGUGCCACUAUCGUCGCGGGCGAUUGAAACCAAGUACCAUCCGAGGACUGAUGCUUCAUCAAUUCGCCACUAACUUUGACGUUGAGCAGAAGGAGAUAGAGGUUAUCAAGGAGUAUCUAUCCAUUGGAGAAGCUGCGUUGUUAGAUCAAGCUUGGAAACCAAUGCCCCAGCUUGAAACACUUGAGCCAAUUAGUGAUAACGAAGAGGAGGAUCAAGAGCCUAGCAUAGAGGAUACACAACAGAUAGAGAGCUGCGAUGAUGAUUUGGGUAGUGGGAAGAAUAAUGAUCAAAGUAAGCAACUGCAGCGCAAACGAUCAAAGAAACGAUCAUCCGAAUGUUUUGAUGACGAUGACGAUGACCUUCCAGAAAUGCCAAUAGAUGAGGGCAUGCAGGGACGGUCGGGGCGAAUUCGGAAGCAACCUAGGUUACCUGAUGGAUUUCAGAUUGAUUUAAGGUAG